CACGAUCGCUUCAGUUUACAGAUAGUACCUCGUCGGAAGUGGUCAUGCCGAAGACAAUUCCCUGCAAGUCAAUUGUACUGAUUGUGAUAUGGACAUUUUUGCAAGUUCAAAGUACACUGUCUAGCACAGACAAAGAAUACGAAAUUCCAAGCAUCAGAGCAAACUGGUUUAAAGCGAAUGAGUUCUGCAACUCGAUCGGCAUGCAGCUGGUGACGAUCACCAACCGCGACGAGAAUGACGCAGUGGCCCGGUUUGUCCAAGGAUCGGACAAGUUCAGCGAUGUGGCGUCAUCGUUCUGGCUCGGUGGGAGUGAUCUCGCGGAGGAAGGCACCUUCAGCUGGAUGCCCAACGGUCGAUUGGUCAGGUAUGCCAAUUGGUCACCGGGAGAACCGAACAACAACAAUGGGACCGAGCACUGUAUGCAGCUAGUUUACAUACCCCGGUUUGAGCAGAGAUGGACCUGGAAUGAUAACGAGUGCCGUACCAAAUACAUGUACUUUAUUUGUGAGAGUAAACCGCGCGAUUGCGUGGAACAACUCAAGGGAUGAUCGAUGGAGAAACGUGAAUCUAGAAGUGUGUGGGCGAUAGUUUGAAAAUAUUGUAAUUCAAUCAUACCGUAGUUGACGUUAGGGUUUCGUCACUCGUCGUAAUCUCGAUCAUGCGUAGUAGUUUUAUUUAAAAAAAUAAAUAUGUUUUUCAAAUUUUUCCGCCUGAUAGUGAAACAAAA